AUGAAAAGUCAUGCUAAUAGCUUUGUUGCGUUUUUGAAAAAAGUUGUUCCCAUUGAGUAUCGUCAGGACAAGCAGUUAGUGUCUCAUGAUGUCAAGAGCAGCUUGUACAACUACAAGUACACUUACUCUGUUAAGAUCUCUUCUAUCUGCCGUGAGGAUCUUAUCUUCUUGCCUUCCAACGUUGCUAAAGAACAGUACUGGAGAUCCGGGUUUCGAUCUGCUCUCACCAGCAGGCAGCUUGUGAAGUACUUAGUGUUUGAUGUGGAAGAACCACCUGUUUGCGGGGAAAAGUAUGCUUUGUCAUAUGUCCAAAUUGCGCGUGAGUCAGACAUUGGGAACAAUGACAAGAUGUGUUAUGUCCAAACUCAUCUAGGACAUAUCCUGAAACCAGGAGAUGAAGCUUUAGGGUAUGAUGUGUAUGGUGCAAAUGUUAACGAUGAUGAGAUGGAGAAGUGUUGUUUGAGUGGGGGGCUUCCUGAAGUGGAGAGAGAGAGGAAGAAAGGGAAAGCACGUGCGUUUAGAACUAAGAAGCUUCCAAUGGAGAUGGAUGAGUCAAGAGAGGAGAACAAGGAUUAUGAUCAAGAAUCUGAGAAUGCUUCAAUGACCGAUGGAGAAGGUGCACCAACUGUGCCCAUUGAAGAGUUGCUUGCUGAGCUUGAGCUUAGUGAUGAAGAGGUAGAAAGCAAUGGUGAAGAAGAGUACAUGAAUGAGUAA